CUUAUGCGUUCUUAUUAGUUUACUUCGUAAAACCGACUCUUUAGCGACCCCCAAUGGCGGUCUUCCUCUUCUUUUUACAACAAUUGAUUACAGUUUUAUGGUACUCCUCCGCUUGACUGGAAGAAGCUUUCAGGAUUUUUUUUUUGUGGGUUGAUGAUAGCAUGAUAAUAUAAUGAUCUGUAUCUUCUUACCCAUGUCCCCCACACAAAAUCCAGGAAUAAAAAGUGACAUUGAUCCUCAUCAUGGAGCCAGUGACGUUUUCUCCUCCGCUUUACAAACAGAGGUACCAGUUUGUAAUCGACCUUGUUAAAAAGUACAAGCCAAAAAAGGUGGUAGACCUGGGUUGUGCUGAUUGCACCCUUUUAUGGAAACUGAAAUUCCAGACUUGUAUUGAAGUGCUUGCUGGAGUGGAUAUCAAUAGGGCUGUCAUCACAGACAAAAUGUACAGACUAUCCCCCCUUCCUUGUGAGUACCUGCAACCCAGUGAACGGCCAUUAACAAUAAAGUUGUACCAGGGAUCCGUUGCUGAAAAGGACCCGUGCACACUGGGUUUUGAUUUAGCAUCCUGCAUUGAGCUGAUAGAGCACUUGGAGACUCCAGUAUUGGAGAAGUUUUCAGAGAUGGUGUUUGGUUACAUGACCCCAGCCAUAGUAAUUAUAAGCACCCCCAAUGCAGAAUUUAACCGGUUGCUGCCAGGAUUAAAUGGGUUUAGACACAAGGACCAUAAGUUCGAAUGGACCAAGGAGGAGUUUCAGAACUGGGCACAAGAUGUUUGCAGUUCUUACAAUUACACUGUGGAGUUCACAGGGGUUGGCAAAGGACCGCCUGGCACAGAGGAUGUGGGGUUCUGUACCCAAUGUGGAGUAUUCACCAGGAGCUACCCAAGUAAAGGGUCGCUGACUGCAGACUCUUGCAGGGACACAGAACAUUCUUACAAACCUAUAUAUAAUGUGGUGUACCCCAAUCUGUGUGAUGGCACAAUUCUUCGAAACACCUUGAUCAGUGAAGUCGUUUACUGGGCAGAAAGCAUUAGGAAAAAUAUGGUGGAAUGCUCCCAGGAAGAUGAAACGGUGGAUAACCAUUCCUACCAAGCUUCAAGCAAAAGUGUUCCAUCUGUCAGCAACAUUUCACAAGAGACUUGUAGUACUGAGGAACAAGUCCUAACUGAUACAAGGGGAGAUAAUGAAGCGUAUAAGGAGGGAAAUACCAUUUUCAUUCCUUUGGCUAAACUGUUUUCUUUCUCUAAAGUGCAAAAGCUCUGUGGCUCUUUGGAUCGUCUCAAAGCAAUACUGUCUGAAACAUCCCAAGUUGAACUCAACAGUGACGCUACAGCUAUGAUACUGUCUGCCGUUGAGGAUAUUGAGGAGCACUCUGAAGCAUGCUGGGAUACUAGCUGUUUGGAAUUAGGGGUUGCCCUUGCUGAGUGUGAGGAAGACUGGGAUGAAGAGCUUUGUGACAGCUAAGGAAGUAGAGGGUGGAUUCAACAAUAACAUACAGAGUUUCUUUAUGCAUCGCUUCUGUACUUUAUAGUGCUUAUAGUAUUACACUUAGGAGAACUCACCACCAACACACAACAUCCAGUAAGCUGUUGAUUGAAUAGAUAUAUAUUGCCUCUCCAAAAAUUGUAAUUGAAUGAAAAAAAAGUACUUCCAUUGGAAAAACACUUUGCCGAACACACCUGCGUUAGCAAAAACAGUCAUAUAUAACAUGCAAAAAGACCUACAUUGAAAACACUGUUUUAUUUUUCAGUUGCUGUAAAAUUGUUAACAAAUAUUGUUAUCAUAAUAGUCAAACUUGCAUAUAACUACCACUAAGUGUUCUUUAAGUAUGCAGGUAUAAUUUGUGAAAUAAAGAUGUACAGUUACUCAUA